AUGCGUUCGAUCAUCGCCUUUGCCUUACUGGCGACAACUGCUGCAUUCACACUUCCCGACAACGAUGAGCAGCGUUACAAACGAGAAACUGAAAAGAUUGGUGGACAAUCCGGGAUUCGAAAAGAUCCAGUUGAACCAACUCCAUUCGAUGUGAAACCAUGGAAAAAGAAUGAGCCAAAUCUCAGUCAGCUCCGAAAAGACAAGAAAAUCGGUGGAGAAGCCGGGGUGAACCCAGCGAGCAGACAAAAGAGAGACUUUGAUGUGGCCAAGGAUAAAAUUGGAGGAAAAGCCGGGAUUCGGCCUGAGCCAACACCCGUUGAUGUGAAGCCAUGGAAGAAAGCUGAGCCGAAGCUCCACGAGAAAGUUGAAGCGAACAAGGCUGAGGCCAAGAUUGGAGGCUCUGCUGGCAUCCGCCGAGACAAGCGGGAAUUCGACGUAACAAAAGACAAAAUUGGAGGGAAAGCCGGAAUUCGUCCAAAAGAGGAAGAGAAGAAAUUCGAUGUGGCCAAGGAUAAGAUUGGAGGUGCUGCUGGAAUCCGACGAGACAAACGAGCGACUCAUGGAAAAAUUGGAGGAAAAGCCGGAAUUCGUCCAAAAGCGGAAGAGAAAAAGUUUGAUGUGGCCAAGGAUAAGAUUGGAGGUGCUGCCGGUAUUCGCCGAGAUCCACGAGCCACUGAUGGGAAAACAGGAGGACAAGCCGGAAUCAGACCCGAUAAUCAGCCAAGCACUGAUGUGAAACCCUGGAAGAAGAAUGAGCCAAGAUUGGGCGGAAAGAACAAC